CCUGUGGCACAGAGGACAAACAACACUGAAAAUGAAAAUGCGCAGGCGCGACGUUUGUCCCUCACGUCUUCCCGUCAAACCGCGUUAUCAUGGCGACCUCCUUGAUGUCUCUGCGCAGAUGUUGCCAGGGGUCACCUCUCCUCCUCCUCGUUGCUAGGCGACCGUGGAGCUCCAGCAGCGCGGCGUCUCCGCCUCCUCUGCACACGAAGCUCCUCCUCUUCCUCACCCAGAGGUUUUAUGACGUAGAGAUGCUCCUGAGCUGGGGGUCUCAGAUGAAGAGGAGGGGGAUUCAGAGGAAGAACGCUUACUACAGUUACACUCAGAGGUUUCAUGGGCCGAACAUAGCAGCAGCGUAUUAUAUUCUGAGUCUAAGGGGAGGAUUUAAGUACGUCGGUCAGUCAGACUGGUUUCGUGCUGAUCAGAGGGGCAGGUUCAGCUGGGACUUCCUGAAUCACAGAGACGCACAUCUAGAGGAAGUAGACAUGAGCAACACCGUCAUCAACUACGCAGGACUGUGGAACCUGGACGGGCAGCGCUCUCUGAGGACACUGUCGUUGCGAGGAUGUUCUGAAGUGGACGACUGGUUCCUGGCGAGGCUCCACAUGUUCCAGGACUCUCUGGAGGAACUGGACAUCUCUCACUGUCCAUGCAUCACCACCGGCGGCCUGGCUGCACUCAGGAAUCUCAAGGGACUGAAGCGUCUGGACGUGUCGUCCCUCCCUGGGAUUUCGAACCCUGGGUUGGUCGUCAUCCUGCUGGAGGAAAUGUUGCCGCAGUGCCACAUCACCGCUAAUGGCUACGACUACAGCCUGAGUCAGGAGGGAGGAGAGGGACGGAGGUAGUGAAUGGACACGAAUCAGAAGAAGUCCUUUUCCACUUCAACAUUAAAACCACCUGCCUGAUAUUAGCUAGGCUGGGCUUGGUGGUGUAGUAGGUUUGUCCUGCUGGAGGAAGCUACAGCAAUGUUUAGGUGGGUGGUACGUGUCAAAGUAACAUCCAGAUUAAUCUCAGGACCCAAGGUUUCCCAGCAGAACAUUGAAUUUUAAUGUUAUUUGCCUCAUCUGUCAGUGUUUGUUGUCGAUAUGUAAAUAUGACUGUAAAUGCACUAAAUAAACAUGUAAUUGUUCAAUAUUA